AUGGCAAUGAAAGUGACCCCUUUGAAAGAUGUGAAACCCUACAAAAGUGGCUGGAAAGUACAUGUGAAGGUUCUGCACUCUUGGAAGCAGUACAACCCAGUGCACGGGGACACCCUCGAGAUGGUGCUAUCCGAUGAAGCUGGAUGUAAAAUACAUGCCUCUUGCAAGCGAACUUACAUGGAGAGUAAAGGCCGCCUUCUUCCUGUUGGAGCAUGGAGGCACAUCCAGAAUUUCACCCUCAGUCCUUCAACUGGCAUGUACCGAGCAACCGAUCAUCCCUUCAAAAUGAGCAUCAUUCAGAAUACGGCAAUCACAAGGUCUCCUCUGAUCAACGAAGACAUGUUUCUGAGCUUGGUGGACUUCCAGACUGUUUUGGGUGGAUCACUCAAAACAUGUUUUCUCAUUGAUGUGAUUGGUCAAGUUGUGGACUUGGGAGAUCUUGAAACUAUUCAAGUCUCAGGCAAGCCAAGGAUGAAAAUAGAGUUUACCCUUCGCGACAUGAAUGAUGCUCGUGUUCCCUGCUGUCUGUGGGGUAAAUUUGCGGAGAUCCUCUACGAGGGGUGUAGUAAAGACGAAGAAGGGAAGCCCAUUUGUCUAAUAAGGUUUGCAAAGAUCGGGAGAUUUAGAGGUGAACUCCAAAUCACCAAUGCUUUUGAGGCAUCACUGCUCUUGAUUAAUCCUGACAUAGCAGAAACUGCAGCUUUCAAACAAAUGUUUGUUGAUGAGGUUAAACCCCUCGCCAUUUGUGAGGGUCGUGAUGAGAUACUUGAUUUGGAAGAGGUGAAAAGUAUCCAAGACAAGCGUGACAAAUGGAUGCUCUUUCCCAAGAGAACCAUCCAUGGACUUCUUGAAUCCACUCAGGUGGAGAAGUGCUUGGUCGAGUGCGAAGUCUAUGCUAUUGACUCGGAUUGGGGAUGGUAUUACUUUGGUUGCUGCACAUGCAACAAAAAGGUAGUGAAAGUGGGAACUUUAGUUAAGACAAUUCAUGGAAAGGAGGUCACUACACAUCUCUGGUGGUGUGAGGUGUGCAAAGAGAAUGUUUCAAGUGUGUCACCAAGGUUUAAGCUCCAUUUGAUUGUUAAGGAUGACACAGGAGAAACAAAACUGAUGUUACUUGACCAAAUUGCCAAGGGAAUGAUUGUCGAAUCGGCUGCGACUCUUUUGAAUGGAUCAUUUGAUGAGCUUGAGGAUCCUACAGAUUUACCUGACGCCAUCCUAUCUGUUGUUGGAAAGACUUUCACCUUUGGAAUUUCUGUGGAAAAGGAACAUGUUUUGUAUGGAUCUGAGAUUUACAAGGUUGGAAAAAUCUACCGUCAAAGCCAAAUUGUUUUCAAUGAGUCAGCCAAUGUUGAGAGUUCUGAGUCUGAUCAAGAUCUAGCUCUUACAAGUGGAGAAGAGAACUCUGUCAAUCUCCUUGACAAUGAAGAACACAUUGAAUGUUUGUCCACACCAUCCACCACACCAUCCACGAAGAGAAAGGGAGCAUGGUCAGACCCUCCACGCGAUAUCACUUCGACUUCAAAGAACCUUCGCUUAAAAACUAUCAAGGUGGAGAAGAUGAGUGAUUUGGAUCUUGAAGCAGGCAAGAAGACCUAAAUCUGCGAGGCUGAAGUUUAUGUUUUUUUUUUUUUGGUUUUAUUUGUUUUCUUAUUUCUGAAGCAAUUUCAUGUUUUGGUUUUUUUUUUAAUAAUUGUUUGGUUUUGGUUUUUUAUUAAUGGUUAUGUUUUUGGUUAAACUUAUUAUAAUAAAGUAUGCUUCAGAUAAUUUCUUUGCCUUUUUUCCUUUAAUUUUUAAAUUUCUAUAUUUAUUAUAUAGCAUUGCUUGCUGUCUAAGCUAACUAUCGCAAUCGACUAUGUUCCCUAUGUACCAAUAUCAGUUACAUAACUAACCUCCAAAAAUCUAUGUAUUGCAA